AUGUUUGAGAUACCGAGGUUUCGAGAUCCUCGAGUUAGGAUAGAUACGUGGAGAUUUAAACUUAAGUUAAGAUACAUAACUGCAGAACAAGAAGAGAUCAAAAAGUUUUCCUUCGAUCCAAAAUAUGAUACAAUUAGAAAAUAUACCAAGGUGAAGAGAAGGCCAAUAAAGAGACAAGAAGAAGGAAGGCCGAAGUCUGGCAAGCGUCGUGAAAGUAUUAAAAGAGCGAAAAAAUCAAAGAGGACGAAACUGAAUGAUGCCAGCGAGCACAGCCGAACUAAGGGAGACGAUAACGAAAGUAAUGAAACUGAUGAGGAAGAUGACCAUGAAGAACUCCUAGAUUUAGAACUGGAGAAUGAGAAUGGUAGAUCAGUUGAUAGUGUCGACGUUGAAAAUGUCAUUUAUAUUGGUUUGUUUUCCAAUGAGGUUUAUAACUAUAAAGGUGAAAUAGAUGUGGGUGACCGAAGGCGAUAUGGAUUUCAAGUGAGAGAAUAUGCCGAUGGUUUUGAAAGUGAGAACGAUAUCGAAGACGACCAAUUACAUAACAAAACAGAGAGCAGUUCUGUUAGAGCCAAUUUCAAGAAUUCUAAAGUUACGAAGAUGUUUAAUUUAAUCAGUAGUGGUAUGGACAUUUUACCAAGGGCAGCUGUAUCUCCAAAAUUGAUAUACGAUAGUCCAUCCACUAUAAAUCUUAUACGAGAUGAAAAUGAUGAUCUGAGCUCUAGUACUAAAAAGUUAUUGACGAAGAAAUAUUUAUCUGGUGGAGCGGUAACAUCAAAAAGAUAUCGUUUUUGUUCUUUGGCUCCUAGAACUAAUCUAGAUGUUGAUCCCUUUAGAUAUGGAAAUCGCAUUCGAAAGCAUUGUGUUAUUGCCAAUUCAUUGUUAAGGUUGGCAAUUGUGCGAGGAGAUUAUCCUUUGGCAUUUAGGGCUUUUUCUCUUCUUCUACACAUAUCUGAGACUGAUGUGCGCUUUUUAUGGACAGUUGGGCUAGAACUCCUUGUUUGGAGGAGGGAGUUGAGGGAACAGGAGUCGUACGUGCCUCGGAAGGAGAAUGAACUUCCUACUAAUGGUGAUGUUCAUACCCUUCAAAGUACAGCUGAGAAAGAAGACGAGACGUUUUUGGAUUGGUUGAUAUUAAACUUUCCUGUUCCUAGAGAGGCAUCUGCUUAUGGAAGUAAAAUAUCAGCAUCAGCAGUGACGUUUAACAAGUUUCGCUUGCUGACAAAAUUGAGACAUGGUGAUCCUAAUAGUGCACUUAAUUCACUUGAAGACUUGAUUUUGAUCCCACCCUAUAGCGAAGACCCUGUCGUCUAUGCCUUGUGCGGUAUUGCAGUAAUGCAGCUGAUGACCCUAAGAAGCGUAGAAUUUGCAAAAUUAGAAGUCGAAGUUGUAGAAAGAGAGGCCAAAUUAAAGCAACUGGCAGCCCGUGCACAUAAGUAUUUUGAAGAAUGUCAAAAGUAUGGCGGAGUUCUUCCAGAGGAUUUCAUUAAUUUUGAGAUCACAGAAUUAGCUGAAGGCUAUGUUUUUGAAAAGAACCCGCGCAACCAUACUGAACAGGAUGAAGAGGCAUAUUCUAAUGAUUCAUAUGGAGAGGCAGAUGAUGAAGAAUAG